AUGGCCGAAUUUCGCACAUCACUCCAGCUUUUAAACAGCAUCGACGCCCCUCUCAAAGUCGUCAUUGCCGGCAACCACGACUUUACAUUGGACACGCCCAAAUUCAAGCAGAAGCUCGCCAAGAAAAAUCCUUGGACAGAGCCAGAACUCAUCAAGAAAGAGUUUGGCGACAUGGGAGAAGCCCGGAGCCUCUUCCACGACGCACGAGCAACUGGCGUCCAUAUUUCUCGAUGA